GGAGACCACAUAUACAGCAAGAGAGAUUGAAAACGAAGAUCAAAAUUCAAAGUGAGAGAUCACAUAAAAUUGAGUGUUGAAGAGAAAAGCUCUCCAAUUUCAUUUAAGAAAUUGCACCUGUAAACUAUUUUUCCUUUCAAUUUCCCCCCUUUUCCCUUUACUUCCCGCUUCUCUGUAUCCCUUUCUGUCAUCGUCUUGUCUUUCGAAGUUGUGAUUUUGUGGUUUUUUUUUUUUGGUUCAAACUUGUUUUCAAACUAAAGAAAAUCAAACCCAGAAAGGUGGUUUUGGAAGCCAGGUGAUUCAGAAUAGAGAUCCAGUUUUUUUUUUUUUGGAUCAAUCAAAAGGUUAAUUUUUAUACCUGUGGUUGGUCUAAGCUUAGGAGAACACUUUGUAGAUCUUGAUUGUGCAAAAACCACUUUCUUUUUUCUUCUGGAUUUUUCUUGUUUUUCUGUACAAAAAAAAAAUUAAAAGAAAAAAGAAACUUCCUGUUCUUUAAUUUUGGUAAGAAACAGGCUGGUUUUAGGGGAAAAAAAGUAUCUUGUUAGAAUUUGUUGUGUGAUUUAUAUUUACCUUUUUAUCAUUGGAGCCAUGACAGCAGCUAUAGAUUUUUACAGCAGCAGCAGCAGCAGCCAAGCACCGGUUUUCUCAGAUCCUUUUAGAGAAGAGCUCAUGAAAGCACUUGAACCUUUUAUGAAAAGUGCUUCACCAGCUUCUCCCUCUACCUCUUAUAUUACUUCUUUCUCUUCUCCUCCUUCAUCUUCUUUUUCUUCUUACCCUUCUUGCUCUUCUUCUCCAGUCUCUUCAACUCAGUCAAACUUUUACCCUGAAACCCAAGACUUCUCCAGCAGGCAUAUUAACCAGAUGGGCUUUCAGCCACAGACUGGAUCAUUAGGCCUUAACCAGCUCACCCAAUCUCAGAUUGUCCAAAUCCAAGCCCAAAUUUUCUUCCAACAACAACAAAAACAACAAAUGACAACCAUGGCUAAAGCCUCAACCCAUAACCAAUGGCAGAGCCUAAACCCUCAAACCCUUAACUACCUCAGCCCAAAAGCCAUCCCCAUGAAACACGUCGGUACUCCUUUAAAACCAAACAAGCUCUACAGGGGAGUUAGACAGCGGCAUUGGGGCAAAUGGGUUGCCGAGAUUAGACUCCCUAAGAACCGAACUCGCCUCUGGCUUGGUACCUUUGACACAGCUGAGGAAGCUGCUUUGGCUUAUGAUAAAGCAGCUUAUAAGCUCAGGGGAGAGUUUGCUCGUCUCAAUUUCCCUCAUCUCCGCCACGAAGGAGCCCAUGUCACAGGCGAGUUCGGCGAGUACAAGCCUCUUCAUUCCUCCGUUGAUGCGAAGCUUCAAGCCAUUUGCCAAAGCUUGGCUAAUAAUAAUUCGCAGAAACAAGGCAGUUCUGGCGAUUCUUGUUCCGAGGCAGAGGAGAAACCAACAAUAGUAUCAGUUCCAAUGGAGUCCAAGAUGGUCUCUGAUAAUUCAUCGAUCGGUGAACCGAAAGCCGAGUUAGAAGGCUCUUCGUCGUCUUCGCCUUUGUCCGAUGAGUCGUCAGCAGGGUCAUCUUCACCGGAGUCUGAUAUUACAUUCUUGGAUUUCUCCUCCGAUUCUCAUUGGGAUGACACACAGAAUUUUGAUCUGGGGAAGUACCCUUCAGUGGAGAUCGAUUGGGAUUCUCUUUAAUCAAGUAUUAAUGUUUCCAAGUUUAUAUAGUAUCUACUUUUGUAUUUGCAAGUUAAUUAGGCUCAGUUUGAUGUAAGUACUAGUAGUAGCAGCUUCUGCCAUGGAAUUUUUGACAUUGCAGAGGUGUAUAGCUCAGUCUGUUUAGUUUUAUAUGUAUGUUGUAAUAUGUGUAGAGAUGAUUUCUCCAUCUUGGUUACCUGGUCAUUUUUUUUCCUUGCCGAGCCAUGGAGAUGGAGUUUAUCUCUGGUUGUGAGAGUCUACUACUACUUCUGUAUCUUUGUUUACUUAACCUGGAUGUAAUUAAGCAAUAUUUCACUCUUUUAUCUUAUAAAUAUUUUACUUCUUUGUGUA